ACUGAAGCAAUGGAUAGGAGGUAAAAAAAAUUUAGGCAGAGGCGCCAACUUGUGAACAGAAUCAUACAUAAGAAUGAAACAUCCUCAGUAGUUGUUUUUCUCAUCAUCAUCAUCAUCAUUCAGCAAAUGCUAACUAUGAUCAUCAACUUCACAAGUUUGAAGCCUUUCAAAACGACAACAACCUAGUACACUCAACGCUGCAUGCAAUGGUUUCCGCACCCCGAUUGAGAAAAAGGGUCUUUCCCCUUCUUCGUGCCCCAGAUGGAAGUGCUUUUCAAAUAUGUGAAUUAUGUGAGGUUUCUGUGGCUGUUGCUUUGGCUGAUUUGCACCACUGUGAAACCAAGAUGGCAUCCAAGAUUUUCAAGGGAAAGGAAUUGAUGCAGCAUUCCCCUGUCAAGGUGGAACCCAAGACCGAGGUAAAGCAGGAGAUGCAGGAUGAUGACCCUGAGGAGUAUGUCCCUAGCAGAUAUGAUCUGAUUAGGAACCAGCCCGUUUCGGCUUACCGUCUCUUUAUGGAACAAUUUAUGAAGGAUCAUGACAAUAAAAAUUAUAUUGAAGCUGAUAGGAUGGGGUUUGAAAAGUGGAAGAGCAUGUCCAAGCAGGUGAAGCUACCAUAUACUUUUCAUGCUUUUGCAUUGAAGAAUGAAUAUGUAGAUGAUUUGCUCCUGGAAGCUCAUCAGAUUGCAGAGGUGAGUGAUGAAGCUGAUUCAGCAUAUGCUGUGAAGGAUGAAAAGGUGAAUGAUGAAGCUGACUCAGUAAAUGCUGUGAAGGUUGAGAAGGUGAAUGAUGAAGCUGACUCAGUAAAUGCUGUGAAGAUUGAGAAGGAACCAUAAUGGUAUGGAAUUUGUAGUUUUGGACCACUGAAGGUCUAUUUGCAUCAUGGAGCAUGAAGAAUACAGUUCCGGGUUCUUUUUGGUGACAUGUGAUGUAAUACAGUUCAUACUUUUGGUGGAAUGUUAGUCCACAUUUAUAUAUAUUUUGGCAGUGUAAAUGCUGUAUUUUAUAAUGGAUACAAAUCUUUGAUGGAAAUGAGUCAAUUAUCUGUGAUGU